UAGAGAUACGGCGAAAGUAAACCAAGCGAUGAUAAACAAGUUACUCAACUUGUUCUGUAGAGUCGCAUAAAUAUUAAAAGCUAUUAGAAAUUCGUUUUAAACUUAUCAGAAAUCUACAAGUACUUGCCAGAUUUUUUCGCAGUGCGUCUAAUCUCCGUACAAUAAGAACCAAUAAGAGUUCGCUGUAAUCAAAGCGUCGUUAUCUACGUAGUUAGUAUCAGUUGGUGUCUUGGUGUCAGUCAAUGUAUAUUGCUGACCGAACGUGUUGCCGACUCGAGCCGUGAAAUUUUUCAUCGAAAAAUGGUGUUUGCCAUUACCAGAGCCAGCUGUAUUUUUCUCCGUGCCGGCACGGGGCCUAAAAAUGGAUAUAAGAAUUUUAAACUCUCCAGGAUAUGCUCUGUGAAUUUCUCUAUAAAAACCGACGUUCCCGAGCCAGAGGAGGAGGCACCAAAGUUAAAACCACCGGUAGGUGAUGGAAAAGUAUUCAAAAGCGUCGAAGAGGCAAUAUCGGACAUGCCCGACGGUGCUAAACUAUUGGUUGGUGGAUUUGGACUUUGUGGCAUACCUGAGAACUUAAUUGCAGCUGUUUUGAAACGGGGUGCCAAAGAUUUAACUGUUGUUUCGAAUAAUGCAGGGGUUGAAGAUUUUGGAUUAGGUAUACUGUUAAAGGAACACAGGAUUAAAAGAAUGAUAGCUUCCUACGUUGGAGAGAAUCCUGAGUUCGAGAAGCAAUACCUUGCUGGCAAGCUCGAAGUCGAAUUAACUCCUCAAGGCACGCUUGCAGAACGUGUAAGAGCUGGUGGAGCUGGUAUCCCAGCCUUUUACACACCCACAGCUUAUGGAACCAUAGUUCAAGAAGGAAACGUAAUUGUGAAAUACGAUGAGAACGGGAAUGCAGAGAUAUCUGGAGAACCGAGGAACGUGGCUCAGUUCAAUGGCAGAAAUUAUGUAAUGGAAACGGCGAUCACGGGAGAUUACGCUCUCGUGAAAGCUUGGAAAGCAGACAAGGCUGGGAACUUGGUGUUCAAUAAAUCAGCCAGGAAUUUUAAUCCUGUAAUGUGCAAGGCAGCUAAAAUUGCUAUUGCUGAAGUCGAGGAGAUCGUAGAGAAUGGACAACUGGACCCUGAUCACGUUCAUCUGCCAGGGAUCUUUGUCGAUAGAAUCGUCAAAGGUGUUUCGUACGAGAAACGUGUCGAGAAACGGUUCACGAAACAGAAUAUGAAGCCUAAGAAAGUGACGCCAGCCAGCAAAGCUAGGGACAGAAUCAUCAGGCGAGCAGCUUUGGAAUUCAAAGAUGGAAUGUAUGCCAAUUUGGGAAUCGGUAUUCCUAUGCUAGCCUGCAAUUACAUUCCCAAGAAUGUGAAAGUCAUAUUGCAAUCAGAAAAUGGUAUUUUGGGAUUGGGUCCAUUCCCAGACGAGUCAGAAGUCGAUCCAGAUUUAAUUAACGCCGGGAAGGAGACUGUUACCGUUCUCCCAGGAGCUUCAUUCUUCAGCAGUGACGACAGUUUCGCGAUGAUUCGAGGAGGUCACAUUAAUUUAACAAUGCUGGGAGCUAUGCAGGUAUCAGAGAACGGAGAUUUAGCAAAUUGGAUGAUACCAGGAACGAUGGUCAAAGGAAUGGGAGGAGCUAUGGACUUAGUUUCCGCCGCGAGUACAAAAGUUGUCGUUACUAUGGAACACAAAGCCAGAGAUGGAAGUCCUAAGAUUUUGAAAAGUUGCUCAUUACCCGUUACAGGUCAACAUUGCGUCGAUCUGAUAAUCACAGACUUGGCAGUGUUCGAGGUAGUCAGCGGAGAGGGACUUAAACUAAUUGAAAUCGCGCCUAACGUCGAUAUGAGUGAGAUCGUGAGCUCUACGGGCUGCGAAUUCGCGGUGGCCGAUGAUCUUAAAGAAAUGGGACAGGUGAACUUGGAAGACUGUCAGUAAAGGUUUAAGGAAGAUACUUAAAGCAACUUGUUUUCCAAUUGAACGGCAGACAGAGCAUUCUAUCUUUAAGCAAAGUUUGUCUACAAUUUCACGCGUUAGCUAGGUCCUAACAAAUUGAUGUAUAAUUUUGUAAUAUAUGAACUAAAGAAUAAACGCCCAUAAGAACAAA